UUUUCAACAGUUACCAUGUUAAAAUCUUCCUCAAGUUCUGAUGAUUGCCAAUUCCUUUUUCUUUCGCUGCAGAUUGUCUUCAGAGAAGAUUUUGGAACUGAAGGUCGGGGUGGAUAUUUUGAUGAAUACGGAAUUAUCAGGGACAUCAUUCAAAAUCACCUCUUACAGGUUCUUUGCCUUGUUGCUAUGGAGAAGCCCGUUUCUCUGAAGCCCGAGCAUAUCAGAGACGAGAAAGUUAAG